ACGCAUUGCACCCAACGGUGAAGCAAUAGCAACAAAACCUACGACUCUGCGAGCCACUGUAUGCCUGGGGUUGAGCCCCCUACCUCCUCCGGCCUCAGGAGGAGUUGGUCAAGCGGGAUACGAACACCGCGACUCAGCCAGGAUGACUUGCCAACUCCCACGACGACGUCUAAAGGCGACCCGUGCUGCCUUGCUUGGGACCUACACGAGGCCGCCGCCACCCGCGGGGGGGACGAAGCAGUUCGGCGUUGGUGCUUGGGUGGCGGAGAUCCCGGGUUAGACCAGUGGGGAAAUUCGGCGCUCCACAUUGCCUCACACAAGGGUCAUGUAGAAACGGUGAGCGUACUCCUGCACUACCAAGCACAAAUCGACCAAAGGAACAGGGGCCAGGAGACCCCGCUUCACUUAGCUUGUCGGCACAGCCACGCGUCGGUGGUCUGCCUGCUGCUGGAAAACGGAGCAGACCCGAGGAGCGAAGACGUUUGUGGGAGAACGCCAUUCGAUCUCUGCCGUGACCAAGAACCAGGAAACCAGAUCGCGGACUUGCUUCGUCGAAGCGAGCAGCUCAAAGAGCUUGGGUCGCUCAAACGCCGGGUGCACAUCCAAGUGUGCCACGACAACAUGAGCGGAGUUGACAAGCUACUGGAGGUCGGCGGGUCGAUCGACGCCAGGGACACUGCUCAACGCACGCUUUUGCAUCGAGCCUGCGAGGAGGCAAGCAUCGCCACGGUGUCCAGGCUUUUGGAGCUCGGAGCCACCGUGAACGCGACUGAGAAACGCAAGCAGACGCCGCUCCAUCGGGCUUGCGAGCGGGGCCGCUUGGACAUAGUCAGGUUAUUGGUCGAGAAGGCAGGGGCCGACAGUCGCGCCCGGGCGAAGGUCAUGCAUGAGCCGCUACACGUGGCGUGUCUCGGAAACUGGGGACAGGUGGUGAAGUUCUUGCUCAACGAAGGGAACGUGGACAUUGAGGCGGCCGACAAGAACGGCAUGAGGAGCCUGCACCUGGCCGUCCAAAGGAACAGGCUGGAGGCCAUUCGGGAGUUGCUCAAGCACGGGUGCGGAGACCAAGACCGCGCAACAACGACCCAUAUGACGUGUGACAACAACGUGGGGCGUGGCAACCUUAUUCGCAGGUGCGAUGUCGAGGCCACGAUGCCUGACGGGCUCACGCGACCCCUGCACAUGGCUUGCGCUAGCGGGUACGAGAAGGCCGCAACGCUCCUGCUGGACCACCAUGCCGACAUCGGCGCCAUAGGCCCCAAAGGGCAUCGUCCCUUACACCUGGCUGCUAAGGAGGAGCGAGCCGUCAUUGUUGAGCUUUUGAUAGGGCGAAAAGCGGAUUUGCACGCCAAGGAUGACAGGGGGCGAGACGCUCUACACUACACCGACAGCCGGAGGUGCAAGGAAAGGAUUCAAGAGGCGCAGCGGAGGGAGGAGAGGGCUGCCGAGGCGCAGAGGCAGCUGGCUCUGCAGAAGAAAAGGGACGAGGAAAACCGGCGAAGGGAGCAGGAGUUGCUGGACAGGGUCGACCUGCGGGCGAGAGCGCGGCGAUAGCUGUGCCCGGAGUUUCAACAUUUGAGCGAGGUUCACUCGCAGCGUGGUCUUGGAAUAAGAGCACGGCUUUUUGCAGCUUGUUGCUCGUGG